AUGCUGUAUUCCACCUACCGUCCUCCUCUGGCUCCCAGCACCGACCCGCGUUCGUACGACAAGAACUAUGCCGAUGACUUUCAUCAUCGUCCUCAUCCGCAUGCCAGCUUGGGCGCGCCCGGCUCGGUCAGUGUCAGCUCGGAUCGAUUCGAAUAUAAAGGUCAGCACCUACUCGCCUCCACUUUGGAGAGUCGCUUAUGCUCGAAUGCUCUCGUUCGCGACUGCUCUGUCAUUGGUGUAUCUCAAUCGGAUGGUGCUGUCAUCACAUUGUCUUCGCACCAAGCGCCUAUGCUCAACACUACACCUAUCGCCUUUGUCGCGCUCAGCUCCGCCGGAAAGGAACGUUCCGCACACGGCGGCGACAAAGAGUCCAAGCGCAUGAAGUCCGAGCUGAUCAAGUGGAUCGUCGACUUUGCUCCUCCUUUCAAGCUGAUGAAAGGCAAACUUCUCUUUGUCGAGGCCAUCGCUCGUGCUCACGAUGGCUCUGUGCUGCGUCAUCUGCUUGUCGAGAAGGCCACUUCACCGCCUCUUCCAGCUCCUGACAAGGGUUUCUUCAACACGGUUCUUUCCGAAUCUUCGACCCCGGCUGCACCAAGCAAAGCAGCCUCGGUCGUUGGAGACAUGAACGAGCCAGCAAGUCCACCCAAAAGGACCGCUCGCGACUCAAAGCGACGUGCGACACAUAGUCAGAUCGAACGACGCAGAAGAGAAAAGAUCAACGACAGGCUCGUCACCCUGCGCUCAAUCGUGCCCGCAUGCGCCAAGGAGCUCGAAGAUCGACGCAGACAAAAGCAGGAGGAACAAGACGAAGCGGCUCGCAUCGCUGCCGGUGGUGCACCAAAAACCUACAUCGAUGCGGCCACCGGUAAGCCCAAACGCAAGAGGAAUCGCAAGAAGCCCGACACGAAAAAACCAGGAGGAGCAGACAAAGAAGAGGAACUCGGCUUGCACAAACUCGAAGUGCUCACACAUGCCAUCAACUACAUCUUUGAGCUCAAGGCUAUCAUCCAUAAGCUGGAAACGGGCUCAAGUCCGGAACACGUGCCCACAGCAGACAAUCCUUUCGGCGUUCGUAACAAGGACGGCACGUAUCGUCAGGAUGCCAAGAUUGAGGAUGAUCCGGGAUACGGUCUUGGUGCUCGCACGCUCGAAGCUGAUCAUGGAAAGGUGGCAGCCGGCAGGUCAGCGACCAGUGCAAUGCAACGUGAGUGCCAAGAAAGUGAGGAGGAAGACGAUGGAGAGCAAGAGGAAGUGGAGCAAGACCAACUUGAAGACGACGUUACAGAAGGCGACGAUGAACAAGACACCGACGCUGCAGAUGAUGACCAAGACGACCAAGAUGAUGAUGAGGACGAGCCGCUCGGGCGUCGAUCCAAGAAACACAUGACUUGUGCCGCCUUUUCUUCGCACACCGAUCGAUCGCCCGCGUCGCACGUCAAGGUGGAUUGCUUUGUGGUACCUAAGCGAUACCGCCACACCGACGCGGCUGGCUCCUCCUCUUCCAGCAGAGGGAGUGCCGAAGUGUCUCCCGCAUUCUCGCUCAUCCAACAAAGCCCUAGCACCAUCUCGCCUGCAACCACUGUGACGUCUCCUAUGAUGAGCCUCUCCGCCGAGUCACCGAUCAUGCUUCCGGAUUCUGCCAUGGGCAUGUCGAAACGUGCUGGCCCUACAGCAUCCAGAGUUUCUCAGAGCCCCGUGUUUUCUUCAUUGCCUGCUUCUGCUUUGCCUCUGCCCUCUGGUCUACCGGCGAGACGCGAAUCGAGCAGCUUCUUAUUCAAACAGCUCAGCUUGACUUCGCCCAACUUUACUCCGUUUACCGCUGCUGGCUACUAUAGUGGCGUAUCGUCGUGUACGGCAGCGUCCGUGGCAACAGCCGCGGGCGGCGCACGAGUGAAGUCUACCACGCUGAGCUUUGCAACGACGUACGGAGAGGAAUCCGAGGUGCGCGAGACGAGCAGUAGUUCACAGAAAACUCCUGGUUUGUCGGAUCGAGACAUGAAGACGGAUCAUGUCUCGGCGACUGUUGCGUCUGAUGCAUCAGCUGCAGAGCUGUUGCUCAAUUUCUCCACCUCGCCCGAAGUGCUUCGACCGAUCGGUAGUAGCAGUCAAAGCAGCAGUAAGCGUCCCGCUCAUUGGCCCGCCAGUAUGCUUGACUCGUCUCCUCACACACGCCCCAUGGUCGGUCUAACACACAACAACAGCCGUUCCACCUUUUCUUGCGCACACUACCGACCUACGCUGCAAACCUCGCCAUCACCAGCUUUGUUCACCACUUGCAAACCCACCACACUGCCAGCACCCAACGUCUCGAAUCACCAACUCGUGUCCCCCGUAAACCAUGCGCACGCACUCCCCCUUGCCUCCCCACCGCUCCUGGCCCUCGAUAGCUCCUCCCCCCUAGACGACGAUCACCUCUCCGAUAAAACCAUCGACGACCUCCCAGAGAGUGUGGUAAAGCUAGAAGCGUCCCAACUGGUCGGCCACGUGCAUACUGCUGGCUAG